CACUCCCUCGCGUCUCCCGACGAGCUGGCUCAUGUCUCCACGUCUUCACAGUAACCAGCGCAUCCCGCUCUUACACCACCAUCAUGUCAUCAUCUUCUUCUGCCAAACUUCACGGCCGGGCCUUCUAUGAGUCUAUCGGCUCUCCCAAAUACGUCGUGGCGCCCAUGGUCGACCAGUCCGAGUUCGCCUGGCGACUCCUCACUCGAUCGUUCCUGCCUGCGGAGCUGCGAUCCAGCAUCCUCGCAUAUACGCCCAUGUUCCACGCGAAACUCUUCUCCGACAAUCCCAAAUACCGCGCAAAUCACUUUGAGCCAUUGAAACCUCCCAUCACCAUGGCUGACCCGCCAGAUGCUGAGCACAUCAAGACCAUGGGCGAGGCUGACAGGUAUCUGGAUGGGAAUCCAAACAUGGACAGACCACUCUUUGUUCAGUUCUGCGCCAACGAUCCCGAUGUGUUUUUGAAGAGCGCACAAAUGGUCGCGCCGUUUUGUGAUGCUGUAGACUUGAAUCUGGGCUGCCCGCAAGGCAUUGCGAAGCGCGGCAAUUAUGGUGCCUUUCUGCAAGAGGAUUGGGACACAAUUUACAAGCUGAUUAACAAACUGCACAAGAACUUGGAUGUACCAGUGACGGCCAAGUUCAGAGUGCAAGAAACGAGGGAGAAGACGUUGGAGUAUGCAAAAAUGAUCCUGUCGGCGGGUGCAAGUAUAAUUACUGUGCAUGGGAGGCAGAGACAUCAAAAAGGCCACGAGACUGGCCUAGCUGAUUGGGCCGUGCUGAGAUAUUUGCGGGACAACUUGCCCAAAGACACGGUCAUGUUUGCAAAUGGCAACAUCCUGCAACAUGGCGAUAUCGAGAAAUGUCUCGAGGCUACUGGGGCGGAUGCUGUCAUGAGUGCAGAGGGGAAUCUGUAUGACCCCAGUGUCUUCACGCAAGGGCCUCCCGCUGGAGAAGAGGGGAGAGAAUACUGGCGCGGCCGGGACGGCAAAGGUGGCUAUAGAGCUGAUGCCGUGUUGCGGAGAUAUUUAGACAUCAUACACAAGCAUGUUCUCAAUCAGGAGCCGCCCCAACGAGAGGACCUGUUCCUUCCAACAGACCCCCGGCCGGAAACUGUCGAAGACACUCAAACGACUAGUCUCAAGCGGAGCGCCGAAGACAGUGCAUCAGGUCAGGCACCCACCAAAAAGCAAAAGCGCGAAGCUGCCAAGGAGAAAAAGAAGAACGGCACCAAGCCUGAAAAGUGCACAAACGCUAACCUUACAGCGAUGCAACCGCAUUGCUUCCACAUUCUCCAAUCUCUAGUCAGCACACACCACGAUGUGCGCGACGCUCUAGCACGUUGCAGAGCCGGCGACAUCGAUGCAUACGAGAACGUACUCAAGCUCACCCAGGAGGCCGUCAAAGUAGGUCUGCUGGCAUACGAGAAAGAUCCAGCACAAUUUGAGACCCCAGAUGUCCCGGAUGAAGAGGACGCAGAUCCUGAGCUAUCUAGUACAGCAGCAGUAAGAAGAUGUAAGCGGCCGUUCUGGGUAUGCCAGCCAUAUGUGCGGCCUCUGCCGAAGGAGGCACUCGAGAAGGGUAGCUUGAUGCUGAGUAAGAAGGAAAAAGCACGUCUUGCUGCUGAACAGGCGGAAAGGGAGAAAGCGGGAGUUUCCGCCGAUGGACAUAUUGAAGUCGUCAAGAGUGCGAAGGUGAAUGGCGCCACUCCAAUCAUCAACGACGUGCCAGAAAAUUUUCAUGCUGCGAACGCGAAGCUUGAUGUCGGCGAUUCGACACAGACCGCGAGUGGCGACCAGGAAGAGCGAACAGAAAUACCCAAAGAAGGCAUGGUGAUGGGUUGAUUGUCUUGGGAUCUUGGGAAGUCCGAGAAUAAGUUCGAGUGCCACCACCGUCUCCAUACUGACUCUUCUC